UGCGUCACUGACGCUGACGCUCGCUGCAAUCAGGGCAAGACCACCGCUACGAUCACCCGCGAGAGGCUGCAAUCAGGGCAAGACCACCGCUACGAUCACCCGCGAGAGGAAGAAGAUGAAGAAGGACCAUCACCUCGACGUGUGCCGGCUCAAUCGCAUGGACUUCACGGCGUUCAUCGUGGCGUGUGACGGCGUGUACGGGCGGGAGGCCGAUCGCUUCAUUCGUCGCCUCGCCGAGCUCAUCAAUAAGAGGGCAGGAUGGGACAAGUAUGGGAACCAAGCGGGUGGAGCAAUUGAGCAUUGCAAGGUGACCUUGGGAUGGCCCGUCUGUGUGUGGUGGGUGGCCUGCUGUGCGGCAGCGUCGCCCUCGUCGACUCUCGGCAGCUGGAUGUACCACCCCUCACCAACACCACUGGGGCGGCUGUGGCCAUCUCUGCCACUGCCGCACCCCUGGCCUUGCAACAAUCGGGGGGUCCGCUGGCCGCGCAGGAAGCCCGACAUCUCUCCCAGGGGCCACUCUCUGAGACCGGGGGCGGGCUGGGGGUCCGGUCUUCAAGUUCCUCUCGGCCAUCACUGACGGAGCUGCUCCAGGAGCUGUUUUCGUCCUUCCUCUCUGGCCUCUUCGCUGUGGGGGUCCCGUUGUAUGUGUUCUGGCUGCUCGUCUGGACGGUGUAG